GUGUGUGUGAGUGAGUGUGUGUGAGUGUGUGUGUGAGUGUGUGUGUGCGCGCAUGUGGGGGGUGUGAGUGUGGGAGAGGAGGCGAGAGAGUGCGUGCGUGUGUGUCUGCGUGUGUGUCUGCGUGUGAGUGAGUGAGUGAGUGAGUGAGUGAGUGGAUUCCAGAUUUUCUGUCUUUCCCAAACCCGCUCCUGUCCUCUCGCAUAUCACUCACGGACGGAGAUCUGACAGCAGCCACAAACCCACCGCGAGUGGCCGUGAUCGCUCCGCGCGCGGAUCCGCCAUCGAGCCGAGGAGGAGGAGGAGGAGGAGGAGGAGGAGGAGGAGGCGGCAGCGAGGAGGUGGAGGAGGCGCUGGAGGAGGAGGAGGGAAAGAGCCGAAGGAGGAAGAGGAAGAAAAAGAAGAAGCCCACUACCUUCCCGGGAUUGCUUUUUUCUUCCUUAAUCUUUCCGCGCGCGUGUGCGUGUGGCGCGUGUGCGCCGGUCGUCCUUCCCAUCUGAACCCGGUCUUGGAUGUUUAAUAAAGAAAUCAAGUGUCUCACCAGUCACCACAAAAAAAAAGCAAAACCAAAUAUAUAUAUACAUCCAAAAGCAAAAACAAAAACAGAGAGAGGAAAAAAAAAACCCAAAACAAACAAACAAACAAGGCAGAACCAACCUCCGCCGCGAGCCCGCCGCCGGCACCAGCCACCGCGUCUGCCGCCCGCCCGGAGCGGGGGUCUCGGGCCCGCGGUGGCCGAGUCGCAGGGGGGAUCGCCGGGGGGACAGAGGCCGAGUGACGUCCUGGGAGCCGCCGGGCGAGACACGGAGGAGACCCGGAGAGGCGAGAGAGACAGCGGGCCCCGCGCGCGGCUCGGGGCUGGGGCGCCAGAAGUCAGACUGGAGCGAAAGUAGAGCGAUGCCCAGAAGGAAGCAGCAGGCACCCAGGCGGGCAGCAGGCUACGCCCAGGAGGAACAGCUGAAGGAAGAGGAGGACAUAAAAGAAGAAGAGGAGGAGGAGGAGGACAGCAGCUCAGUGGCUCAGCCGCAGGGCAGCAAUGACACGGGGACAGAUGAGGAGCUAGAGACAGGCCCCGAGCAGAAAGGCUACUUCAGCUGCCAGAACUCUCCAGGAAGUCACCUGUCCAACCAGGACGCUGAGAACGAGUCUCUCCUGAGUGAUGCCAGCGACCAGGUGUCGGACAUCAAGAGCGUCUGUGGCCGGGAUGCCCAGGACAAGAAGGCGAACGCGCACCCCAAGCUUCCGCCGCACGAAGCGCACAAUUGCAUGGAUAAAAUGACCGCGGUCUACGCCAACAUCCUGUCUGAUUCCUACUGGUCAGGCCUGGGUCUUGGCUUCAAGCUGUCCAGUAGCGAGAGGCGGAACUGCGACACGCGGGGCAGCAGCAACAAGGGCGACUUUGACUGGCACCAGGACGCGCUCUCCAAAAGCCUGCAGCAGAACUUGCCUUCCAGAUCCGUCUCUAAGCCCAGCCUCUUCAGCUCGGUGCAGCUGUACCGGCAGAGCAGCAAGAUGUGUGGCAGCGUGUUCACCGGGGCCAGCAGGUUCCGCUGCCGGCAGUGCAGCGCUGCCUAUGACACCCUGGUCGAGCUGACUGUGCACAUGAAUGAAACGGGCCACUAUCAAGACGACAACCGCAAAAAGGACAAGCUAAGACCCACGAGUUAUUCAAAGCCCCGGAAAAGGGCUUUCCAAGAUAUGGACAAGGAGGAUGCUCAGAAGGUCCUGAAAUGUAUGUUCUGCGGGGACUCCUUCGACUCUCUCCAAGAUUUGAGCGUUCAUAUGAUAAAAACAAAGCAUUACCAAAAAGUGCCUUUGAAGGAGCCAGUACCAACCAUUUCGUCGAAAAUGGUCACUCCGGCGAAGAAGCGUGUUUUUGACGUCAAUCGGCCUUGUUCCCCAGAUUCAACCACCGGAUCCUUUGCGGAUUCGUUUUCUUCUCAGAAGAACGCCAACUUGCAGUUGUCCUCCAAUAACCGCUAUGGCUACCAGAACGGUGCCAGCUACACCUGGCAGUUCGAGGCCUGCAAGUCCCAGAUCUUGAAGUGCAUGGAGUGCGGAAGCUCACAUGACACCCUGCAGCAGCUCACCACCCACAUGAUGGUGACGGGCCACUUUCUGAAGGUCACCAGCUCUGCCUCCAAGAAGGGGAAGCAGCUGGUGUUAGACCCACUGGCAGUGGAGAAAAUGCAGACGCUGUCGGAGACCCCGAACAGUGAUUCUCUGGCUCCCAAGCCAUCGAGUAAUUCGACGUCUGACAGCACAGCCUCUACCACUGAGUUAAAGAAAGAGAAUAAAAAAGAAAAGCCAGAGGAAACCAACAAUGAAGAGAAAGUCGUGAAGAGCGAGGAAUAUGAAGAUCCUCUACAAAAACCUUUAGAUCCUACCAUCAAAUACCAGUAUCUAAGGGAGGAGGAUUUAGAGGAUGGCUCAAAGGGUGGAGGGGACAUUCUGAAGUCACUUGAAAAUACUGUGACCACAGCCAUCAACAAAGCCCAGAAUGGUGCUCCCAGUUGGAGCGCCUACCCAAGCAUCCACGCGGCCUACCAGCUGUCAGAGGGCACCAAGCCGCCCUUGCCCAUGGGAUCCCAGGUCCUGCAGAUUCGGCCCAACCUCACCAACAAGUUAAGGCCCAUUGCACCAAAGUGGAAAGUGAUGCCUCUCGUGUCUGUGCCCACAAACCUGGCCCCCUACACUCAAGUGAAGAAGGAGUCCGAAGACAAAGACGAGGUGGUGAAGGAGUGUGGGAGAGAGAGUCCUCGUGAAGAGGCAUCCUCGUUCGGCUACAGUGAGGGGGACUCUUUCUCCAAAAGCGAACCACCCUCAGAACCCAAAAAGGCAGAGCCAUGUACCCUGAAAGAAGAGGACAAACUGAUGAAAGAAAGUAGUGAGAAAGAGAAGCCACCAUCCUUAGAGCCUGUGUCUUCUCUUAGUAAUGGUUGUGCCCUUGCCAACCACGCUCCGGCCCUGCCGUGCGUCAACCCUCUCAGCGCCCUGCAGUCCGUCUUGAACAAUCACCUGGGCAAGGCCACAGAGCCCUUGCGCUCCCCAUCUAGCUCCAGCCCGAGCUCAAGCACAAUUUCCAUGUUUCACAAGUCCAACCUCAGCAUCAUGGACAAGCCAGUCCUGAGUCCUGCCUCCUCGAGGCCGGCCAGUGUGUCCAGACGCUACCUGUUUGAGAACAAUGACCAACCCAUCGACCUGACCAAGUCCAAAAGCAAGAAAGCCGAGUCCUCGCAAGCACAAUCCUGCACAUCCCCACCUCAGAAGCACGCUCUGUCUGACAUUGCCGACAUGGUCAAGGUCCUCCCAAAAGCGACCACCCCCAAGCCUGCCGCUUCCUCCAGGGUUCCUCCUAUGAAGCUCGAGAUGGAUGUCAGGCGCUUCGAGGAUGUCUCCAGCGAGGUCUCCACUUUGCAUAAAAGGAAAGGCCGGCAAUCCAACUGGAACCCCCAGCACCUCCUGAUUCUGCAAGCCCAGUUUGCCUCGAGCCUCUUCCAGACAUCUGAGGGCAAAUACCUGCUGUCCGACCUGGGCCCACAAGAGCGCAUGCAAAUCUCCAAGUUUACAGGACUCUCCAUGACCACAAUCAGUCACUGGCUGGCGAAUGUCAAGUACCAGCUUAGGAAAACAGGUGGGACAAAAUUUCUGAAAAACAUGGACAAGGGACACCCCAUCUUCUACUGCAGUGACUGCGCAUCCCAAUUCAGAACCCCUCCCACCUACAUCAGUCACUUAGAGUCUCACCUGGGUUUCCAAAUGAAGGACAUGACCCGCAUGGCCGUGGACCAGCCAAGCAAGGUGGAGCAAGAGAUCUCCCGGGUGUCGUCGGCUCAGAGAUCUCCGGAAACCAUAGCUGGCGAAGAGGACACAGACUCUAAAUUCAAGUGUAAGUUGUGCUGUCGGACUUUUGUGAGCAAACACGCGGUCAAACUCCACCUAAGCAAAACGCACAGCAAGUCACCCGAACACCACUCACAGUUUGUAGCAGACCUGGAUGAAGAAUAGCUCCGCAGGUAUGGGUUUGCUCCCAGGCGAUGGCCGCAGCAGCCUCGUGAGGAGCUCGCUGAAAGGAGAUGCGUCUGCCUAGAGGCAGCUGGCAUCUCCCAAGGCCAAGCAGGACAGUAGCUUGCUGCCGUAGACUUAUUUUUAUGAAAGACCAGAACAUGCUAAAUAAGGCUAACCUUUCUCUUAAGUCCUCCAGUGUAGAGUGGGGAACUAGAGUAAGAUGGGUUUAGAGAGACGAAGUCCACAGAUGAUGCGGCUUCUAGGCCUUCAUGGUACCCGAGCCCCUUAAUACCCAAGACCCAACCUCCAGGGUCCAGCCAAGGCUGCCCCUUCAUAGCAAUGAAUAAGCGCUAGCUGCUUUCUGCAUUCUGUUUCUCCACCCCACCACCCCUUAGCUGUGCUAACAACUUACAGAGUGCUACAAAGGAGAGCAAGAGAACAAAGAUGGGAGAGUUGCUAAGGGCAGUCACUAGACAGAGCUGUCUUAAUCAGCUCGUAAAUAGCUCAAAGCUGUCUUUACUAUUUUUACAUGUAAUUAGUGCUUUUUGCAGCUUACUUUUUAGCAAGUGCUACCUUCCACUUCCUUCCCUUUAUUUCCUACAUCAAUUUUCCUAUAUAACAGCAUGCGUCCUUAAGGAGAUGAUAGAGGAAUAUUCUUCUCAACCGAUCAUUAAAAAUGAGAGAGAGAAGACUAUGUUCUUCUCACAUCUUUUGUUUUCUUUAGGGCAGACUACUAUCAGAGUCCACCUUUGGCAAAAGUAGAUGCAAAGGAUGUCUCUGAGGUCUUACUUCACAUUAAGAAACAAAUGGCUUUCUGCAUACCUGUGCACAAAGCACACGGGGCCCAUUGCGUUAAGAUAAUUUGCAUCACGUAUCACGGAAGUUCAUGCCUGGUAUAGUCACUGAUGCCCAACUACGUCAACUCCAGAUAAAAGGUCAGAGAUCAAGGUCAAAUAUCUUGGCAGAUUAGAAACACAAGCUGCUCUCAAAUGCUGAGCGUAAGGAAGGAUGGAUCCUAACAAGUAUCCUCAUCUCCUUUGUUUGUACUUCCUCUACCUCUUUUUCUCUUCCCUCCAGCAUGAUGCCCCCAGAAGCGUCACAUAUAGUCAAGUUAUCCUUCGUCCAGGGCCCUACUGAACCUUGAGGACCCAACACGAACUAAAUCUGUUGGACAUACCAGUCCAGGUUAUGCCAUUCUGCAGUAUAUAUUUGCUCUGGAUUAAUUCACAAUAAGAUAGAGACAGCUAGUGACCGCUUAACAGAUAAGCUGUGACACCCUAGUGUCUAUGCCUUUGCUUAUAAGGACUGGGCAUGAGGUGAGUUCCAGGUAGAGAGGGGUAUUUGUAUGGCUCUGGGCUCACAUCACAGAGGUGGAGAGAUUUUUUUUCUCUGAGUAUGAGAAUGACCAAAGUGAAAUGAAAGGUUGAAAUAUCUGAUCUGGAACUCUUUCCUUAGUGAGACCUAGACUUCUGGUUUGGACCCAAGUGAAAAUCCUAUUUCUUUGCUUGCAUGUCUUUAUCAUAAGAAUUAAAUGUCACUGGCAGGUUCAUCUCUUGGUUUUCAGCAUGAUUUGUUCAGCUCACCCCACUGAGAGAAAAACUGAAAAGCAUCUAUUGAAUCCACAUGGGAGCCCUGCAACAGUCUAUUUAUUUGCUGUCGAAUAUUUUAAAUUUUAUGUAACUUGCUAUUAUGCUUUUCGAGUGCUUUUCUUUUUUUAAAAAAAAAAAAAGGGGGUGGACAUAAACAUAAUACGUCAAAAAAGAUGAUGUUUCAAAUCCAGUAGUGGUGCAUCCCAACCAUGGCACAAAAGACAACUAGGCAAUGUUUAUUUUGUGCUACAAUAAAGACCAAUUUUCCACCUGUUAGGUUUGUAAUCAUUUUUUUUAACUGCAUUAUAUAAAUAGGGAGACAGAGGAAAGA